AUGUUUCGUCGAUUUCUUUCAACUACAAACACUCUUAAACCUACUAUAUUUGCCUUAUCCACUAAAUUAGGAAAAUCUGCAAUUGCAGUGGUGAGAAUUUCAGGUCCACAAGCAAAAUAUAUCUAUAAUAAACUUACAAGAACAACUACCCCACCAAAGAACAGAAUAGCAAGUGUACGAAAAUUACUUUCCACGGAAACAGAUAAACCAAGUAUCCUUGAUGAAGCAUUGACUUUAUACCUACCUGGUCCCAAAACUUACACAGGGGAAGAUUUACUAGAGUUGCAUUUACAUGGUGGUAUUGCAAUCAUAAAAGCAGUAAUGAAUUCCAUUAAAACCCUACAUGCACCUGAUCAAGGGAUAAUUAUAAGACAAGCAGAUAGAGGUGAGUUUUCAAGACAAGCUUUUGUUAAUGGGAGAUUAGAUUUGACUGAAUUGGAAGGUAUAAAUGAAAUGAUCAACUCUGAAACAGAACAACAAAGAUUAGCUAAUUUGUCAAGUUCAUCAGGUAAAACAAGAUUAGUAUUCAAACAAUGGAGACAAGAUAUCCUUGAAGAAAUUGCCAAUUUAACCACUAUCAUAGAUUUUGGAGAAGAUCACGAUUUAGAUGAAACUGAAACGUUGAUUAACAAUGUUAUUGUCAAUAUCAAAAAACUCGAAGAACAAAUAAGAAAAUACUUGAAAAAGGUUAGAUCUCUGGAGAUUUUAUUGAAUGGGAUAAAACUUACAUUGUUGGGUCCACCGAAUGCUGGGAAAUCGUCAAUAUUAAACACAUUGGUUAAUAAAGAUGCAGCAAUUGUUAGUGAGAUUGCUGGUACAACUAGAGAUGCUCUUGAUAUACCAUGUGAAAUUGGCGGUUUCAAAGUAGUGAUUGGAGAUACUGCAGGUAUUCGAAUGCUAGAAAAGGCCGAUAUUAUAGAACGAGAAGGUAUUAAAAGAGCUAUAGAAAGAUCCUAUUUGGCUGAUUUGAUUAUUGUUGUAUUGGAUCCAACUACAACAGAAAAUACUGAUGAAUUAAAAGACCAUCUUGCAAAUUUGAUGAAAGAGAAAAAGAACAUUUUGAUUGUAUUAAACAAACAAGAUCUAUAUCCUGAUAGUGUGAAUGACAUGAUUGAGCAAUAUUCAGUGCUGUUGAAUGUUCCAAAAGAUUUGUUUCAAGUUGUGUCAUGCUCGAGUGGUCAAGGUAUGGAUGAAUUGCAAGAGUUGUUGGUCAAUAAAUUCAAAAGUUUAGCUGAAACUGACGAAUCGGAUCCAGUAUUGGUGUCAUCUAGAAUUCAAGACAUUUUGGAAAAUGAUAUUUUAUAUGGGUUUAAUGAGUUCUACAAAUGGGCAAAACAGGAUGAUGUUGUGGUAGCCACUGACUGUUUAACUCAAUCGGUUGAUGGAAUUGGUAAAAUUACUGGUGAGUACAUAGACCUUGAUGAGAUUCUUGACGUUGUAUUCUCAAACUUUUGUAUCGGUAAAUAA